AUGCCGGGAAUGAUGGAUAAAGGCUCUGAAUAUCUUGGGAAAGGCCGUUCCAAUGGGACUAAAAGUCCAUCAAAUGCCUCGAAUGGACAUUUUUCUGAUGAGAGUGGCAGUGACGACGAGCACGAUGUUGGAAUGCGCGUUGGGUCUGAUUAUCAAGCAAACAUCCCCGAUUAUGAUCCUGGUUCUACGAAGUACACGGAAAAAGACAGCGGUGGCAUGUUGGUGUGGUCUCCAUAUCAUACCAUUGUUGACACUAAAUUGGAUGAAUAUAUUGCCAUAGCCAAAGAAAAACAUGGGUACAAUGUUGAACAGGCUCUUGGCAUGCUCUUUUGGCACAAACACAACAUUGAGAAGUCCCUUGCUGACCUGCCCAAUUUCACCCCAUUUCCAGAUGAAUGGACUGUUGAGGACAAAGUGCUUUUUGAGCAGGCAUUUAGCUUCCACGGAAAGAGUUUUCAUAGGAUACAGCAAAUGUUGCCUGACAAAUCCAUAUCCAGUCUUGUAAAAUACUACUAUUCAUGGAAGAAGACUCGAUCCAGGACAAGCUUGAUGGACAGACAAGCGAGAAAGCUUGCAAACCGCAAUAAUCAAGAUGAGAGUGAUGAAGAAAUGGAAGAAGCUAACCCCACUGAAGCAAAUGAUAGUGACUAUGACCCCACAAAGGAAGCUAAAAAAGAGACCCACUCCGAACCCCAGACUCUGAGCUCAAAGAUUGGGAUGGGCCGGCGGGACCACCAGACCCUACAGCAUCGUCACCACUCCCAGCGUUCCAAAUGCCGUCCACCCAAAGGCAUGUACCUCACCCAGGAGGACGUGGUGGCCAUAUCCUGCAGCUCCACGGCAGCCAGCACUGUCCUCAGACAACUGGAUAUGGAGCUGGUGUCCUUGAAAAGACAGGUCCAAAAUGCAAAGCAGCUCAACAGCGGUCUUAAACAGAAGAUUGAUACCGGCAUAGAUGAAUUCAGGCUGCCUGAGUGCAACCAAAAAAUCAAUGCCCGCUGGACAACAGACGAGCAGCUUCUUGCUGUCCAAGGUGUGCGGAAGUAUGGCAAAGACUUCCAGGCUAUCGCAGAUGUGAUCGGUAAUAAAACCGUGGGUCAGGUCAAGAACUUUUUUGUGAACUACCGGCGUCGCUUUAACCUGGAGGAGGUGCUGCAGGAGUGGGAGGCAGAGCAGGGAACCCGUGCCCCUAAUGGUGACAACGGCACUUCUGGAGAGGAGGGAAAGAACAGCUCUAGCACACCAUCGGGGAAGAGUACGGAUGAAGAGGAGGAGGAGGGGCAGGUGACGCCCGCAUCUGGUCCAUCUCCGGUAGCACAGACGCUGUCGUCUCACACGCCGGUGACCUGCGCCGCCUCCGUCAACCAGCCGCCCCCCCUGCUGCGGCCGUCCCUGCCCGCCACUCCGGCCCUCCACCGGCAGCCUCCACCUCUCCAGCAGCAAGCCCGUUUCCUCCAGCCGCGGCCCGCCCUGAACCAACCGCCUCCGCUCAUCCGGCCUUCCAACCCCUUACCCCCACGCCUCAACCCCCGGCCCAGCGCCCCCAGCGCUCCCUCAGCCAGCACUGCUGCAGGCCAGCAGCCUCCUACACUGGUGGGCAUCCAGCCCGAAACCCCUUCAUCCUCACUGCACUGA